AUUGCUGUCACUCUCAAGAGCUCUCUCACAGGUUCUCUCACUCUCUCCCUCCCUGUCAGUCCAGCUCCCUGUGGUCCAAGACUAAGUGUUGGUGACUCUCCUGCAAGAUCCUAUGACCAUGGCUGCUACUGGAACGUUCCGCAUGGUUUCAGAGGAAGAGCAGGCUCUGAGGUCCAAGCUGGAACACCUGACUGUGAAAGACCACGGGCCGGUGUUUGGCCCCUGCCUCAAACUGCCUGCUCACACCAUACAAAAGGCAAAGGAUGAAUUGAAUGAGACAGAGCAGACCAGAAUGUCAUCUCUGAAGGAGCUGCGAGCCAUGAUGAAGGAAAAGGCAGGAGAGGGGGAUGACCUGGCUAAGGCAGUGCUGGAGCGCUUUGGAGACAAGCCAGACUCUCUGCUCCUACGUUUCAUCAGAGCUCGCAAGUUUGACGUGGCCAGGUCCCACGAGCUCAUGAAAGGUUAUGUACGUUUCAGAAAAGAGUAUCCUGAACUCUUUGAGAGCCUCACCCCGGAGGCAGUGCGCAGUACCAUCGAGGCGGGCUACCCCGUGGUCCUGCCCAGCAGAGACAAGUAUGGCCAUGUGGUCUUGCUCUUCAACAUUGAGAACUGGGACCUGGAGGAGGUCACCUUUGAUGAGACCCUGAGGGCUUAUUGUGUGAUUCUGGAGAAGCUCUUGGAAAACGAGGAGACCCAGAUCAAUGGUUUUGUCCUGAUAGAGAACUUCAAGGGCUUCACCAUGCAGCACGCCUCUGGGAUCAAACCCACUGAGCUCAAGAAGAUGGUGGACAUGCUUCAGGAUUCCUUCCCCGCUCGUUUCAAGGCAGUCCAUGUGACUCAUCAGCCUUGGUACUUCACCACCACCUACAACGUGGUCAAACCCUUCAUGAAGAGCAAGCUGCUGGAGAGGGUGUUUGUCCAUGGCGAGGACCUUGACGGCUACCUCAAGGAAUUUGAUGCAGACAUCCUGCCAUCAGACUUCGAUGGCAAAGCCCCUGUGUCUGACUGCAAGGCCAUUGCUACCAAGCUGUUUGGAUCAGAGGACACUGCCCUUUAACCAUGUCACUGUCACCUCUACACACAAGGCUGGAAAAGUCAAUGACCUGGUCUUAACCCAGAAUCUAACACCUUAGACCCUCUGAUCUGAAAAAUAAACUCGGAUCUAAAACGUACGGUCUGUCAAUGAUGAGGUUGUUUUUUUCAGAUUUAGAAAUGUCCAUAGUUAGGUGCUAGAGACUGAUUUUAAUCUGUAGGAACAUGAGAAAGAAUAGAAUGUUUGGGGUGUCUUUACAUAGUCCCUGGAUAUGAAUGUUUGGUCAUUGUUUUUUACUGCAGAGUAAAGUGUAGGCCCUCCUUGUAAGCAUUUUUUCAGUCAGGGGUUAACUGUGAAAUUCAGAAAAAGGCCCCAAGAAUUUAUCAACAUGGCCUGAAGUAAAUUUGUUGUUCCUUGCUUUAAAUGUGCAAUAUUUUCUAUGACAUUGGACAGGAUCCACCUUUAUAAAUUGCAGACAAUAUGUACGUUACAAUAGGUACACUCUUAACCUUUCUCAAGAGAAUAUAUUAAUAAGUAAAGCUUAAGAUAGGCCUGUGUUAGUUGUUGUGUUAUCCGACAAAUAAGCCAAUUUGUUCAACAGUUGUCUUUUUGCUUAACUAAGUUUAAUUUCUUUCAAAACAUUGGCCAUAUGUCUGUGUAAAAUGGGAAUAUUGAAUUGAAUGGUUGGUUGAAAUAUUACUGUUUUGUUGUUGUUUUAUUCUUCUUUUUCUUUUCUUUUUUACAACUAAUAACAUUAAUUGUCUGUAUUGUAAUUUCUAUCCCUGUACUGCUAUAAUCAUACUCUUCAACAUUCUGACAAACUAAAUUAUCAAUCUAAUAAUCCCUGGAAUAGACAUUUACAUUUAGUCAUUUACAUUUAGUCA